CUUUAUUCUUGUAAUUUAGGUAGUCUUUCCAUCUUGGUUUUGCUACUUUGAAGCUUAAUGAAUUGUGAUAAACAUGGGAGCUUCAGUUUUGCAAGGAUGGCGGGCUGUCCAGAACCCAAGUGGCGGAGAAGGAGACCCGGUGGGUUAAACCUUCUGAUGGAACAAUCAAGAUUAAUGUUGAUAGAGCCACAGAUGAUCAUCGGGGAUGUAGAGUUUGGGGAUAGGUUGCGAGAGACCACAAUGGCGAGCUUAUAUGAGGAGGAUGGGAAAAUUAUUCUGCAGAUUGGUCAGCAAUCAUCACAUAGGCUCUUGGAGUUAGAGAGGCUGCCCCAUGGGCACAUAAUAAGGGAUGGAACAGAGUUGUGAUAGAAACAUACGUUCAGCCGGUUACAACAAGACUGGAUGAAGAUUCAGGAGACUAAUAUUUUGAAACUAUCAGGGGUGAUAUUAGGCACAUUCUUCAUAAUGAAGUUAGGUUUAUUGUCCAGUAUUUCGAUUGUAGCAUGAGUUAGCGUUGUAUUUCGAGCCAGUUGACGAAU